AUGUCUGAUCUGCUUUAUCAGUUAUCUGUUCUUAUUUCAUCACUUGCAAAAUAUUCCGCGGUUAUGUCCAGACUGCAGUGCAAGUGGAAAGGUUCAUAUCGGGCACAGCGUCAAAUUCUGGAUACUAUCCUUGGUGUGGUCAUAUGGAAAGAGCUGACGGAAGUCGAUUUUUUUUCUGGUUAUAUUUGGGAUGGACUUGCUAUGAUGAUCACUAAUUUAGAGGAGCUAAUACACUGGCUCACGACAUAUCCUGCUGGCUUGAAAUUAAAUGCUCAUUUGAACGCUAUAUUAUCGCAGUUCUUUGUUUAUCAUAUCUAUUUAUGGCAAACUUAUUUAUCAGUGGCAAGUGUUUACAUUGGAUUUGGUUUCAUAUCAUUAUCUUGUUUUUUCGGUUUAUCCGUUUUUUUCGCUGCUUUAUCUGAUCUCCUUCGGCUACUUACCGUGCAUAUAUACUGCUUUCACAUCUACGCUUUCAAGCAAGUGACAUUAUUUAUUUUGUACAAUGCUUGA